AACUUCUCCGGCAUCGCGCGAGUGCUCGUUGCGUCGUGCCGCAAGUGGAGGCUCCGGAUGCCGCACCCCGACGACGCGCGGCGGCAGGAGGCGCUCCUGUACAACGGAGACCCUCCCGCCGCUGGGAACGACGGCCGCCGCGUGUUCAGGAUCCCCCUCAAGAUGAAGCUCAGCUUCCUGAACAAGGCGGCCAUCGCGACGGACGCCGCUGACGAGGUACGGCCCGACGGCUCCCUGGCGAGGCCGUGGGACCUGUGCAGCGUGCAGCAGGUGGAGGAAGCCAAGUGCAUCGUGAAAGUCAUCCCCGUGUGGAUCUCCGGGACGCUGUGGUUCACCGUGGUGGCGGAGCUGACCAACUACACGUUCCUCCAGGCGUCGACCAUGAACCUCCACAUGGGCAGGAACUUCGCCAUCCCGCCGGUCUCUAUCGCCGCCGUGUUCUACCUGGCCGUGGCGCUGUCCGUGCCCGUCUACGACCUGCUCGUCGCCCGCGCCGCGCGGCGGGUCACCAAGACCAAGGGCGGCGGCAAUGGCAUCACCUUGCUCCAGAGGCAGGGCGCCGGACUGGCGGUAGGUACGCUGGCGUUCAUGGUCGCGGCCGCCGUGGAGCGGAGGCGGCGGCGAUCCGCGCUGGCGCUUGGCGACGGCGCGUCGUCCCCGCUGCCCGUGUUCCUCCUGGCGCCGCAGCUCGCCGUGAUGGGCGUGCCGGGCGCGCUCAGUAUGGUGGGGCAGACGGAGUUCUACAACACGCAGUUCCCGGACCAGAUGCGCACGCUCGCCAACGCCGCCUUCUACUGCGCGCAGGGCGUCAGCAGCUACCUGGCCACGCUCGUGGUCAGCGUCGUGAACGCGGCGACGAGGCGGCGCGGCGGGCCCGCUGGCUGGGUCACCGACGACAUCAACGCCGGGAGGAUCGACUACUUCUGCUACGCCAUGGCCGUGCUCACCGCGGCCAACUUCGUCUACUUCCUCCUCGUGUGCGCGCACUUCUACCGGUACGAGGGAGAGCAGGCUGCCGACGCCCCUGCCGCUGCCGGACCUGAGCCUGCACGAGACGGUGGUAGCACAAGCGACAGCGACGCCGCGCUCCUCAAAACUUAG